GCGCCGGCCGAGCCGGCUCCGCUCGCUCCCCGCCGUUCCGCCCCAACCGGGCGACGCUGCACCGAAUCGCGUGCCUGCCCCGCGACUGUGUGCCCGGUGUCCUUCCGCUUCGUCCUGCGUCAGAAAGGCCCCCUAAGCUGUGCUGCGCACGAACCUUUCACGCUCUGCCAUGAAGCCCGGGGGCAGCACGAACCCCGCACGGCUUCGCCUGCGGAGCUGCGCCCCAGCUCCCCUCUCCCAGGCAGCUCCUCCACCUGCAACAGGCGAAGUCGCCACGUCGGGAUGCAGAGCCAGAGCUGCAGGGACAGGGCUGGCGUCACCUCGCCAAUAAAAGCAGGUGCUGCCGGUUCCUGUACGCGGACCGCCUCUCAACCGGCACCCUCAAAACAUUUUGCACGGUACGAGCUACCUUCACACCAUCUCAUCUUCCCUUAGGAGAGGGGAGGGAGCACUGGCAGUUGCUGGGUAAUUUGAAGACUACUGUGGAGGGUUUGGUGUCAGCCAACAGUCCGAACGUCUGGUCCAAGUAUGGUGGCCUGGAGCGGCUUUGCAGGGACAUGCAGAGCAUCCUCUAUCAUGGGCUCAUCCAUGACCAGCAGGUGUGUUGCCGCCAGACUGAUUACUGGCAGUUUGUGAAGGACAUCCGCUGGCUCAGUCCCCACUCAGCCCUUCAUGUGGAGAAGUUCAUCAGCUUACACGAGAAUAGCCAGAGCAGCACUGAUGGUGUGAGUGAGCAUGCUGUUGCUGAAUUGUGGCUGCAGCACAGCUUGCAGUGCCACUGUCUCUCCGCCCAGCUCCGACCACUGCUCGGGGACAAGCAGUAUAUCAGAAAAUUCUACACAGAUACUGCUUUCCUGCUAAGCAACGCCCACGUCACGGCCAUGCUCCAGUGCCUGGAAGCAGUUGAACAGAACAACCCCCGCCUCCUGGCUCAGAUUGAUGCAUCUAUGUUUGCCAGAAAGCAUGAGAGCCCGCUGCUGGUAACAAAGAGCCAGAGCCUGACAGCCCUGCCUGGUUCCACAUACACCCCUCCGACCAGCCAUGCUCAGCAUUCCUACUUUGGGUCCUUCUCUAGCCUCUACCAGUCCGUACCCAACCACGGCUCAGAAAGAAGAUCUACUUCCUUUUCACUCUCUGGCCCUCCCCGAAAACCUCAAGAAAGCAGAGAGCACGUCUCACCAGCACAGGAUCAAGCCUUCCAAGCCUCCCUGCUUCCAGUCUCUGCAUUAGCCAGGGAUUCCUCCUCAACCCCAAAUGAGAUGAGCUCUAGCACUCUGACCAGCCCCCUAGAAGCAUCCUUGGUCAGCAGCCAGAAUGAUUCCCCAAGUGAUGCCAGCGAGGGGCCCGAGUACUUGGCCAUUGGCAACCUGGACCCCCGAGGCCGGACUGCCAGCUGUCAGAGUCACAGCAGCAAUGCUGAGAGCAGCAGCUCCAACUUGUUCUCCUCCAGCAGCUCGCAGAAGCCAGAUUCUGCUGCUUCUUCCCUAGGCGAGCAGGAAGGAGACGGGCAGAGCCAGCUGUCCAGCAUCCUUCGCAGGUCCAGCUUCUCGGAAGGGCAGACACUCCCUGCCACCAGUGGAACAAAAAAGAGCCACACUCGCUCCCAUUCGGAUACCAACAUUGCCUCCAGAGGAGCCCCAGGAGGCCCCAGGAAUAUCACCAUUAUAGUUGAAGAUCCCAUUGCAGAAUCCUGCAAUGAUAAGUCGAAGUUGAGAGGCCCCUUGCCUUACUCUGGCCAAAGCAGUGAAGUCAGCACACCCAGCUCUCUGUACAUGGAGUAUGAGGGUGGUCAGUACCUGUGCUCAGGGGAGGGCAUGUUCCGAAGACCAUCAGAAGGACAGUCCCUCAUCAGUUACCUAUCGGAGCAAGACUUUGGGAGCUGUGCAGACCUGGAAAAGGAGAAUGCCCACUUCAGCAUCUCAGAGUCCUUGAUUGCUGCCAUUGAGCUAAUGAAGUGCAACAUGAUGAGCCAGUGCCUAGAAGAGGAGGAAGAAGAGGAGGAAGACAGCGAUAGAGAGAUUCAGGAACUGAAGCAGAAGAUCCGCCUUCGUCGCCAGCAGAUCCGCACCAAGAACCUGCUCCCCGUGUACCAGGAGACAGAGCAUGGAACAGGCUUUCGGGUCACUUCUAGCAGCUCCCAGUUCAGCUCACGUGAUUCAACACAGUUCUCUGACUCCGGCUCUGCUGAUGAGGUUGACGAAUUUGAAAUCCAAGAUGGUAGCGAAGGAUCUAACCUGACUCACAUGUCAAAGAACGGACUCUCAGUGUCAAUGGCCUCGAUGUUUUCAGAUGCUGACAUCAGAAGGAGCACAGCCUCACACAGCAAAUCCUUCACUUCCUCCCAACCCUUCUCCCACUGCUUCCUUCACUCCACAUCUGCAGAGGCAGUGGCCAUGGGACUCCUGAAGCAGUUCGAAGGCAUGCAACUCCCAGCUGCCUCAGAGCUAGAAUGGCUAGUUCCAGAGCAUGAUGCCCCUCAGAAGCUCCUGCCCAUCCCAGAUUCACUGCCCAUCUCACCAGACGACGGGCAGCACGCUGACAUCUACAAGCUACGGAUUCGUGUUCGUGGCAACCUGGAGUGGGCCCCACCCCGACCUCAGAUCAUUUUCAAUGUUCAUCCAGCCCCGACGAGGAAGAUCGCUGUGGCCAAGCAGAAUUACCGCUGUGCCGGGUGCGGCAUUCGGACUGACCCUGAUUACAUCAAGCGGCUCCGGUACUGUGAGUACUUGGGCAAGUACUUCUGCCAGUGCUGCCAUGAAAAUGCCCAGGUGGUCAUCCCCAGCCGCGUUCUGCGCAAGUGGGACUUCAGCAAGUACUAUGUCAGCAAUUUCUCCAAGGACCUGCUCAUCAAGAUCUGGAAUGACCCUCUCUUCAACGUGCAGGACAUCAACAGUGCCCUCUAUCGGAAGGUCAAGCUGCUCAACCAAGUCCGGCUGCUGCGGAUCCAGCUGUAUCACAUGAAGAACAUGUUCAAGACAUGCCGACUGGCCAAAGAGCUUCUGGAUUCCUUUGACACAGUUCCCGGCCACCUGACCGAGGAUCUCCACCUGUACUCACUGAAUGACCUGACUGCAACCAGGAAGGGGGAGUUGGGACCCCGGCUCGCUGAGCUCACCAGGGCAGGGGCUGCCCACGUAGAGCGAUGCAUGCUCUGCCAAGCCAAGGGCUUCAUCUGCGAGUUCUGUCAGAAUGAGGAGGACAUCAUCUUUCCUUUUGAGCUCCAUAAGUGCCGGACCUGUGAAGAAUGUAAAGCGUGUUACCAUAAAGCAUGCUUCAAGUCUGGAAGCUGUCCCCGGUGCGAGCGGCUGCAGGCCCGGCGGGAAUUGCUGGCCAAACAGAGCCUGGAGUCUUACAUGUCAGACUAUGAGGAGGAACCCACUGAAGCCUUGGCCCUCGAGGCCACUGUUCUGGAGGCCACCUGAAGAAAGCACACGAAGCCCUCCUUCUAGGGGCUGGGGUCACACAUAAUGCAGAACUGAGCCACCCUUUUAAGGACUUUCCCCACUUUUUUUUUCUUUAAUUAUUAUCAUUAUUUUUUUUUAUGACUUACCUAACGUCCAUAUAUAAUCAACCUUUGUUAGGUUGGUGGGGUCCAGUCUGUUGUGACAAUUUGUAGGUACUAGAUAUUUCCAUCAGAACUGACACAGGAGUCAUUAUGUGAAGCUUCUAGUGCCUCUGUCGGGGGAAUGGACGAUGAGACCCAAUUCUUCUGACAUCCAUGGCCUUCUGUACUUGGACCAGAUCUGGUUUCAGCUGCAUUUCAAGUAUCAUUUCCAGUUUUAUUUUGUUUUAGUUCUGGAGCUUUUGAGUCAGGCCUUUCUCAACCAACUCACUUCUCCUUUGCUGCUGAAGUAGGAGGAUGGAGUUUUCUCUCUCUUUCCUGGAAUAGAGUCAGACUGUGCCCUGAGGAGAAGGAGAAUGGGACUACACCAUGGGCAUUCUGUCCAGCUAAUUAUUAAGGUAUUUUUAAGGCCAUGGAAAUAGCAUUCUUACCUGGAAUCCUCAGAGACCUCAAGGAGGCCACCAUGACCUCCUUGUGUGAAAUAUUCUAGGCAUCAAUGAUGUCACAAACUGACUUUCCUUAUCCUGGCAGGCUUGAAACAAAGAAACAGAACUGAUGCUUAAGCCAGGCCCCGUCAUAGCCUUCCACCGAGCAUAAGUGAGGCUGCAACUCUGUGGCUUUAGGAGCAUUGAUUCAGUCAGAGAAGCUAUUGGCCUCCUCUUACAUGAUAAGGUCUCUUAGUCAACCUAGCUUUGGUGCAGAUAUGAUCUUUCAAGCUCAGGCAGGUCCCUGAUGCCAUCCUAGGCUGAGGACAGAAACUGCAUCCACCAUCUUAUUUAUGGAUCUUUUGCCCCCGUGUCCUCUGUUAGGUGGUUAUUUUGGUUCUGAGUGAAAGUAUGGCCCCACUCGAUUCUCAUCCUCUUCCUGCAACAGAGCUGGGACCUUCCCUGGUGGCUGAACUCUUGCCUUAGUUUCUUUUGUUAAAGUCAGGGUGGGAGCGGGGAGAUCUCUGCUAUUAGUGGGGUUAGAGAACUUAGCAAUUUGUGGAUAUGAGGGUGAGUGUGAAUGUUCCUGUGUUCUUGGGAUAACAAGAGCCUUUAUGCCUAUUAUGCACUGAACUCUGUAGCCUGGUGAUGUCCAUAUGUUCAGUCGUGUUUUUCAUAUUACUAAUUUUAACACACACAUACAUUUUUUAAAAUGUGCAUUUUGAUGGGACCGUGGAUAUGUUUGUGGUGUUCUUUAAAUUAAGUUCUUUAAUAUAGACUCCUGACCCCUUCCUAUCAUACUGGUCAGGGUCACUGUUCUGAGGGCUGGCAGCUCUGUGAACAAGAGCCCACAGCAUUUUUUUUCUGGGACUGACUUCUUGUAUACCUGUCUCUCCAUAAUUGGUUGCUAGUAGAAAAUACUAAGUGUGGACGCUGCCCCAAGAAGCUGAACAGAAAGUAGCACAUGGUUGGGGGAAGCUGAUGAGUGGCUGAGCUGGAGGCAACCAGGAGUCUCACAGGGAGUAGAAGGGGCAGUAAGGUAAUAGCCAGAGCUGAGGCUUUACUUGGGCAAGGGGGAGCAGAGAGGGAUUGACCCAUGGUGUUGGUCUCUCUGCCUCAGACUUAGGAUCAGGCUGGAAGACCCUGAAGCUGUUCUCCUUUCAGUUCAUGGGAGAGGCUCUGAGAGCCAAGCCCAGCCCAGUUUUGAGGGGCUGACUAGGAGCUCCAUUGUCCUUCAAGGAGCUUUGGGAAUGUCCCCACAAAACUCAAGGCUUUCUAAGGGUUAGGCCUCAGAUUCAUACUCAGGGGUUUGUAAAAACAAAACAAAACAAAACGGUGAGCUCUGUGUCCAGUUUUGGUAUAAGUUACACAGCUAGCUAGCUCUUCACUCUAAGUCACUACACUGGAGGAGAGAUGCACUGUCAUUCUUGUCCUGCCUGUUUCAUAUUAGCAGAGGACCAAAGGAUGGAAAAUGCUAACAGUUUCCAAAGCUGAGCUCAGCAAUCUAAUAUGCUCCUGGUUUUUCACUUAUUUUUCUCCACGUUCCCCAUUCCAUCUCCUUAGAUUGUGUAUCUGUUUUAGUGACCCUGACACUCUGCUGUCAUCACUGUCCAAAUACCCAUUUAUUUAUUUAUUUGAGAGGAAAGAGAGAGAGGAAAGAGUAUGGGAUGUUUUGAAAGCACUUUGCAACUUAUACCAGUAUCUAAAAACCUCCUGCUGUUGUAGGGGGAAAGCUUUGAAUGCACUGAAGAGCAUUCCUUCUGAGUGAAAUGGGAGGGAAGAAGUGUUCUUUUUCAUAAAUAAAGGGAAAAAAAGUUAAAAGUUUGCUUACAAGGUAGAGACAAGAUUCAAGACAAAGCAGAAGAGUGGAAGACAGAUAUCUUCCACUUAAAUGAGGCUUUCUCUGCCAAGACUUUAGAGCUUUUGUUGAAUUAACAUGAAAGGAGGAAGAGUCUAAAUAGAGAUGAUCUGUUCAUGUGCAACUCGUGUUCUGAACUGGAUUUCUACUCUCUGUAAUUCAUACAUAGCCUAACAGUUUAUUAUCAUCUUUAAUAAACUAAAGGAAGUGAAA